GCCGAGUGGGCGGGGCCAAUGCCGCCCCCCUAGCAUGGCGGCCAGAGAAGGGGAGGAUUUCGCGGCCGCUCCGGUUCCUCCGCUGGAGAGCUCGGCGCUGGUCCGGCGGGGAGGUUCCGAGGGUCUCCAGCUGACCCCCGCCGCUCGGAAGUCGCAGCCGUCGGAUCUGGUGGCUUUAGCCGAGCAAGUGAAGGAGGCGGACGGGUUUGUCCGAGCGAAUGCCUGCAACCGGUUAACCGUCAUUGCAGAACAAAUCCGAUAUUUGCAAGAGCAAGCCAGGAAGGUUCUGGAAGACGCCAAAAGAGACGCCGAUCUCCACCACGUGGCCUGUAACUUUGUGAAAAAACCUGGAAAUACUUAUUACCUGUACAGGAGAGAAAACGGACAGCGUUAUUUCUCUUUGCUUUCCCCAAAGGAGUGGGGGGCUAACUGCCCCAGCGAGUUCCUUGCCGGGUACAAGCUGCAACACGACCUCUCCUGGACCCCUUUGGACGAGGCGGAGAAGCGGGAGGCCGAACUCAACAUCCUGGAGAAGCUGCUGGACCAGCAAGCCGUUCUGGCUCCCUGCGGCGAACCCAACUUCCGCGGCCUUACGAUGUGACGGCGGUUUCGUUUCCCACCACGAAAUUAAGGGGACGUCCAGUUCUCCUCUUCGCAAACCGUUUUCUCCCAGCUGAUUUUUAGAAACAGACGGGGGACAGAACGACUGGAGGAUGACGUCCUCUUCAAUACUUGUUUGGAAACUUUUCACUGAUUUUUUUUUUAAUCGGGCGGAUUCCACCAUCCUUGCGUUUUUAGCCAUUUAGCGACGGGACGGCGGCCCGAGAAAGUCAUUUUAACCUCAUUCCGUGUCCCCUCCUGCAAGGGGCAGUCCUAAUUAAGACCAUCUCUCCUCUUUCCCCCCCCCCUCAAGCUGGGAAUCUUCCUGCUCUUCAGCAGGGAAGGUAAGAGGUGGCAGGGGUCCUUGGAGGUCAUCUAGUCCCACCCCGUUCCCAGGAAUAAAGUCCACUACCACGAAUGUGAUCAAACUCUGUGGGAUAACAAUGCACCAUUAAUUAUAUAUCUUGCCUUCCCAAUGAAUUAUUUAUUAGAAUGAAGAUGUUUUUUUUUUCUUUUCAUUUUCCCAAUAACCCCGUGAGGUAGUUUGGACUGAAAGAAAACCAGAGUUCUUUUUUUGAAAAAAAAUUAUUUAUAAUCAGAGGAAGGAGAUUUAACUAAUAGUUUUAUUUAUCUAGGAAUUCCUUUGCAUUGAGGGAAAAUUCUCUACUUACAACAGAUUUAUUAAGAAUGUUUAACACGGGGAAUGUUUGAAUGUCUGGUAUGAGGCAGUAAUUUUUGGUCCAAAGUUUGGAUAUUAAAAAAAAAAAUUAAGAAACUAAAAAUGAACAGAAACUUGUUGAAGCAGAACAAAGAAA